AUGCUGUGCACCGCCCAGGCUGUGGUCCCGAUAUUUGCUCGGGCCGUUCCCGACUCGGGGCGCAACAGCCCCCGGCGCCAGGAUUGCGUGCCGCAAGCAGAGCGGAGGCCGGCGCUGCUGCGCCAGGCCUCGGUGGGGCUGGCGGGAGCGCUGGCGGCAGCCAGCCUGUCCUUGCAGUCGGCGGCGACAGAGGCGGGGGAGUUCCUGCCGCCGCUCCAGAAGCUGCUCAGCCCGAACAAGGAGCAGUCGUAUGUGUAUGAGGGCAAGCAGCUGUUCGACCCCAUGGCCUACUCUGGGAGGUGGUAUGAGGUGGCGUCUCUGAAGAAGGGCUUUGCGGGGGAAGGGCAGCAGGAUUGCCACUGCACGCAGGGCAUCUAUGUGCCCCAGCAGAUGGGCGAGGGCAUCAAGCUGCAGGUCAACACCUUCUGCAUCCACGGCGGGCCGGGAGGCAGGCUGAGCGGCAUCCAGGGCUCGGUGACGUGCGCCAACCCGGUGCUGCUGGAGGUGCUGCCCGAGUUCAAGUCGCAGCUGGAGCGGGAGGAGGGGAUUGUGGAGAAGUGCUCCCUGGUGUUUGACUCCCUGCCCUUCCUGCCCGCGGAGCCGUAUGAUGUCAUCAGGACAGACUACGCCUCGUAUGCUCUGGUGCAGGGCGCCAAGGACCGCAGCUUUGUGCAGGUGUACAGCCGCACCCGCAACCCGGGCCCCGGCUUUAUCGCCGCCCAGAAGGCGGUACUGGCGGAGCUGGGAUACCCCGUGGAUGAGAUUGUGGACACGCCGCAGGACUGCCCCGAGAUGCCGCCAUCCGCCAUGAUGGCGGCCAUGAAUGCCGGCAUGCAGGGCGCCCAGCUCAUGCCCGCCUCCACGCCCCCCACCGUGGCCAUGCGGGGCUACGACCUGGGGCCCGCGGACGCGGCCGCCAGCCCCGUCAGCGGCGUGCAGUUUGAGGCGCUGCGCAAUCCGGUUGAGACGGUGAAGGAUGUGCUGCGCCUGCUGGGCAUGUGA